AUGAGGAUAAAUUAUUUAGGUGUGGCAAAGGAGAGGCUCAACUCCUGGAAAGUGUUCAUUGUUCUUGAUGAUGUUGAUAAACUAGAACAACUAGAAGCUGUAGCAAAUGAACUGAUGUGGUUUGGCACUGGAAGUAGGAUCAUCGUGACCACUGAGAAUAAAUACCUUUUCAAGAGACAUGAUAUCAAACAUAUUUAUGAGGUGAGUUCACCGUCUGGCAAUGAAGGUCAUGAAAGUCGUGAGUUGUUCCUAGAGGAGAAAGCCUUUAGAGGUAUGGACAAUCUCCAAUUUCUAAGAUUCUAUAAACAAUGGUGGUCCGACAAGGCCACGCUGCAUUUACAUGAAGAUUUGGAUUGUUUGCCUCUACCUCGUAAACUCAAGUUACUUCACUGGGAAUCAUGUCCUAUGAAAAGUUUGUCUUUUCCAUUACGUUCAAAAUGUCUUAUUGAAAUUAAGAUGAAAGAGAGCAAACUAAAGAAGCUUUGGGAAGGAGUUCCAAUGCUUAGAAGCCUAAAAAAGAUGGAAUUGAGUCGCUCUACGAGCUUGGAAGAACUUCCUAAUCUUUCAGAAGCAGUUAAUUUGCAGCAUUUGGAUAUGAGGGAUUGUCACAAGUUUCCACUUGUUCCGUACACGGUCUCUGAGUUACAUUUGGAUUCAACAGGAAUACGAGAAGUUCCUCCAUGGAUCUCUGAUCUCUAUAGGCUCACACAGUUAACAAUGUCAUAUUGUAUGAAGCUUCGAAAGAUCUCGCCAAGAAUUUGUGAGUUACGAAUGCUCCAGUUACUUCAGUUUACAGGCUGCAUAAAUGUAAAAUACUUCCCAGCAGAAAUCUUCCAUAGCUUCUACUUGUGGCAUGAGUUUAAUUUGACGUUGGACUACAUUGACAAGAACAGCUCACCUACAUUUACGUCUGAGGAGACCCACGAUUUCCCCUUACACUUGAGUUUGUUUGGGAACGGUUUUGAGAAGCUUCCGGGCUCUCUGUCAGAACUGCACGCAGAUAAUUGUGCGUCUCUUGAAAGUUUGUCUCCCCCCUAUGGCUCAUCUCACGAUCCAAAGCUCAUUCUCAAGUUCAUCAACUGUUGGAACCUGGACCAACAAGCGCGUAAACUAAUCAUUGAGAAAUGGGCUUGUGGAUAUGCGGUCCUACCUCAUAGUAACGUGCCCGACUACUUUUCUCAUCAAGCUAGAAGAAGUUCUCGAACUGUUCAUUUAAACCGGAGGAAGUCAUAUGGAUCGUUGAGAUUUAAGGCUUGCGUUGUGCUCCACCGGAGAGACGAGCUUGAUGUUGUGCCUUAUAGUAAUUUCCAAAUAUCUUGUUACGUGAGAGGCAGACGCUCUAUCACUGUGUAUAAAUGGCCAGAGAUAUAUGCACAUUGUCAGCUUUGUGGUAACCAUAUGUUUAUACUCAACUCUUAUUUCACGCUGGAGGAAGACAACAUCCCCGAAAGGAAAAUGCGUUUUGAGUUCAAAUGCUUGGAGAAGAAAAACUAUCCGGAAACUGUAACACCCAAAAUAUUGGGGUGUGGUGUAAAACUCUUAAAGCCUUGUUCCUCUAAGUAUGACUCGAAAGCUCACCCCGAGCUAUCAUCUCUUCCACUCGAGGACAAUGAAGGCAACAACAACAACGUUGGAAAGUCAAGUAGAAGAAAGAAACGAGAAUGGUCAAGUGUUGCAGAAGGACCUGAGAGAACAAGCAAGAAUUUGAGGAUUUGA